CCCUUAAGUCCUACUUUUUUACUAUACUUUCGUGCGAGGAAAGUUAUAUUAUAGUCAAGAAAGAUACCGGAGAUAGUAAUUUAUUAAAAAACAAUCGGUAAUUCAGAUUCCUCUACAACACGUUGGAACGACUAUAUUUCUAGGUUAUUCAGUUUAUUGCUUUCUUUCAAUAUAACAUGGCAACAAGAACGACUUUAAUUGCAGUACUCCAAAAUUCAACCAAUUUUGAGGAGGAUGGCGUAACUAUUCACUUUUCAACCGGAACAAGUAUCCAAACAUUCCGGUCUAUGAUUUCAAAAAACCUUGGUGUAUUUGUCCCUUUAGACGAUAUCUUGAUGUACAGUGCUGAAAAUGUUCUGUUAAAAGAUAUGGAAGAGAUUCAAAAGCAACAAGUCAUUUAUAUUUCUGUCAUUGGUGGAAUUAAAACUACUAUCCCUGGUCCUAGAAAGCUCCCUUUGAUAGGAAGUCUAUAUGAACUAUUGCCUGACAUCGUUGAGGGGUUUCAGCAACAAUUUAAAAAGCACGGUAAUUUAGUCAAUGCCGGAAUUUUCAGCGAAACCAUUUAUGGAUGUAAUGAUCCAGCUACAGCCGAAGCUUUUGUAAAAGAAUCUGAAUUUUUUACAAAGAAUGUUGGUGGAAAUUUGGUUGAGGUCAAGGCUUUCACAGGGAAUGGAUUAUUCACUUCCGACACAAAAGACAUGGAGUGGCAAUUGGCUCAUAAACUAUUGAUGCCAGCUUUCAGUACUCGUGCAAUUAAGGCAUACCAAGUUGAGAUGGGACUUAUUACACAAGAAGCCGUUGCGUUACUUGAGCAGUUCUUACCCGACGAACAGGUCGAAUUGUUAGAAUGGACAACAAAUAUAACUUUUGAAACAAUUGGUAAAAUUGGAUUUGGGUUUGACUUCAACCUUUUAAAAGACAAAAAUGCGGCCCCCCAUCCUUUUAUUUCGGCCAUGGUCUACUGCUUUAAGGCAAUUUUUAUUCGCUUUAAACAACCUGGAUUUAUGAAGCAUUUACCAUUGGAACAAAAUCGCAAAUUCGACAGAGAGGUCAAGCUAAUGCAUGAUACAGUAGAAAAGGUUAUUGCAGAGAGAAAAAAUAGCCCCGAUGCUAAAAACAGCGAAAAGGAUCUUCUCGGCUUUAUGUUAAAUGCCCACGAUGAACACAAUUUAGGCCUUACUGAUGAAAACAUCAGAGAUCAAGUAAUGACCUUUUUAAUUGCCGGUCAUGAAACUACCUCCGCAACAUUAGCUUUUAGUUUGUACGAGCUUUCUCAAAACAAGGAAAUUCAACAGAAGGUCUUACAAGAAAUUGCCAAUGCUGGUAUCACACACGAUAAACUGCCUACUUCUGAGCAGAUAGGACAGCUGAAAUACAUGCGCAUGUUUUUGAGAGAAAUUUUGCGUUUGUAUACUCCUGUCGGAACUCUUACUCGAUACUGUAUUAAAGACUGUAUUCUUCCUGGUGGAUAUUUCAUGAAAAAGGGAAGCACAUGUCAAGUCAAUUCAAGAUCUUUACACUGGAAUGAAGAAACCUAUCCCGACCCUUUCAAAUGUGAUCCCGAGCGUUGGACUCCUGAGGAAGAGCAAAAAAGAUCUCGUUUCUCCUGGCUACCUUUCAGUAACGGUGUUAGAUCUUGUAUCGGAAUGGCAUUUGCCUAUCAGGAGGCCUUGACAGUUCUUUCCAUGCUACUCCAAAGAUUCGAUUUUGUAUACGAGGGUCCACCAAUUCACAGAGACAUCAAUAGCCCUACAACACGUCCUUUUGGAUUCUUUGCCAAUAUUCAUCCUCGAACAAAUAUGCCUGAACCUACAAAUAGCGGGGACUCAGUCUCAAAUAAUAAACCAGCUUCUGUUUCUACGCCGGUAGCUGAUAUGAUCCCCAAAUUUUCUACUGAAAAGAAUAUAUCAGUGGAGCUGCCCUCAAUCACUUUCUUGUACGGCACUCAAACCGGAACCUGUCAAGACUACGCAGAUCAGCUUUCUAAUCAAGCAAAGAGCUUUGGAUUUAAAGACAUUACACUUUGUCAAAUAGAUAAAUGGAAAGUUUUACGUGAAGGAAAAUAUAACGGUCCUAGUGACAGAUUAUCGUCGAGAGAGUUAGUGAUUAUUUGCACUGCUACAUACAAUGGUAUGCCUCCGGAUUCAGCCGAGAAUUUCGAUCUUUUCCUUGAUACAUGUAUCGAACAAGGUGACACUCAAUCAUUAAACGGUUUGCUAUAUACAGUGUUUGGCUGCGGUAAUAAACAUUGGACCACAUACCAAUCUUUCCCCAAAAAAAUUGACUCCACUUUGGAGGAGCUCGGUGCUGAACGAUUCUUUGUUGCUGGUCAAGGUGAUGCUGCUGAUGGUGAUAUGGAUUCACAGUUUCAAGAGUGGGCCACUCAUUUCUGGGUUCGCUGUUUACAAUACUUCAGCUUGGCUACGUCUGGUCCUACCAACCCAAUUAUCUCUUCUAUGCCAGUCUUAAAUGAAACUGAUAUUAAUGUUAAAUUGAAUCUUGUUGGAGAUAACGAUAUUGAAAAGUUGACUUUUGCCAAACAAAACAAAUACACUACUGCCAAUGCAACCAUUUUGGCUCGUCGUGAACUCCAUAACAAAACAAACUCGGAUAGAAGCACGAGUCAUAUUGAAAUUGACGUAUCCCAAGUUUCUGGUCUCAGUCCUCAAUAUCUCUAUCAACCAGGUGACCAUCUUGAAAUUAUACCUGCAAACAAUGCUGAUCUUGUAAAAGAAUUCGCUUCUGGAUUUGGUUUGGAUUUAGACUUGGUUUUUGAAAUAGAUUCAGAAUACCUAGAAAAGAUGUCUUCUCGUUCUAUUGCUAGAACUAUCAAAGGACCUUGCACAGUUAGAAAUGCCUUGACUUAUUAUGCCGAUCUUCUUUCACCACCAUCUCGUAGUAUGUUGGGAAUUUUUGCCACUCAAUUACAGAAAUUGUCACCCGAGACUGUCGCAGCCUUUGAAAAAGUAAUUGUGCCUAUGACUGAUAGCGAAGAUCAAUAUCCUUCUUUUAUUGCAAGAUACCGUACUUUGCUGGAUCUUCAACAAGGCUUCCCCCAAAUCAAUCAGCUUGAGCUUGGUCAACUGCUUGCAGCCCUGACUGUGAUCCAGCCUCGACGUUACUCUGUUGCCUCGUCACCUUCCGUUAAACACGAUACUGUUUCUAUUGCUGUUGGACUUGUGAAAGAUUCUAUCAACGGCAAAUUAUAUCCCGGAUUAACAUCAACUUACCUCUCAACACUGGAUAUCAAUUCUCGUAUAACUGCCUCUUUCAAGUCAUCCAAGAACACAUUCAGCCUUCCUCAGAAUGCCAAGAUUCCUUUGAUCUUAAUUGCUGCCGGUACUGGCCUUGCACCAUUUAUGGGUUUCCUCCAAGAAAGAUCUUUAAACCAUGAAGCCGCUCCUUGUACCGUUUUCUUUGGUUGCCGUCACCCCGAGCAGGACUAUAUCUAUAAGGAGGAGUUGGAGGAGUUCGUAGAUAAAAAAGUCAUCUCCAAUUUAAAUUUGGUAUAUUCUCGCUACAAUCCCGAGGAGCCUCAAAAGUACGUGCAACAUGCGAUUUCAAAUCAAGCGGCAGAUAUUUGGAAACUAUUAACCGGAAAUGAGACAGACUUGCCUGCUUCUGUUUAUGUAUGCGGUGCUGGAAACAUGAGUCGUGAUGUACGCAAAGUCUUUGAGAAGAUGGCUCGAGAUUUCGGAGCUACUAACUCCAAAGAAGCGUCCCAAGAUUAUAUUUCUGAACUUGUGGCGAAGAGAAGAUAUAAUGAGGAUACAUGGGCGUAAGCACUAGUAUAAUAUAUUCAUAAAAAACCAGACAUUCAUCAUCCCGUAAUAUUUUAAUUUUUUUUAUUGUAUAAAUCUAUGAUAAGAAAAUAAUAAAGAGAGGCAAACUAAGAUUACUGUUAACCAUUAUCCUUUAAAAAAAA